AUGUUAUGGAAUGGCGACCAGAUCAAGCGGUCGCCUGGCGAGCUCCGACCCCGUUCCGCGCGUCUUUUGUCAGCAGUUACAUUUGGAGGACUGGUUAUCACCGGGCUGUGUAUGAGUUUGCUUUACUUGCUCGAUGUGCAGUCAAGACGGAACGAGGACAAUAAUGUAGUGAUUCCUGCACAAUCUGCUGUACCAACAGUCACUCCAACUGGAGCGCCAUUGCGGCAACAUGGAUUCGCGCCUCAAUCACCGGAGGACAGCUCCAACAGCAUCUUGUUACACCCAGAGGACCACAUUUAUCGUACUCCAAAAGCAAUUCACCUCAGUUGGAACAUCACUCUCGAACAUCGCUCCCCGGAUGGGGUUUCAAAACCAGUAUACUUGAUAAACGGGCAGUUUCCAGGUCCCGUUAUUGAAGCAAGACCAGGGGAUCAGUUGGUUGUCGAUGUGUACAAUGGCAUACAUGCACAUGACCACCCUGGCAUAUCAAUACAUUGGCAUGGCUUAGCAAUGAGAGGUGCCAAUGAAAUGGAUGGUGUUGAGGGUUUGACGCAAUGUGCCAUUCAGACCUUCCAGAACUUCACGUACCAAUUUCAAAUCCCCAACAAUCAAGCGGGAACAUUCUGGUACCACGCGCACUCGGGCUUGCAGCGUGCUGAUGGCUUAUACGGAGGGUUAAUUGUUCAUAAGCCUGUCGAUAAUAAUCAACCAGGAGAUCAGAUUCUGCACCACUAUCACAAUGAGCAGCUUUUGCUCAUUGGGGACUGGUAUCAUCGACAAGCCCAAGACGUCCUGGAGUGGUUCGUGGACCCCGAUCACUUUGGCUUGGAGCCUGCGCCGGACUCCCUUCUUUUGAAUGGCAAAGGUCGCUUCAACUGCUCUAUGGCCGUGAAGGCGCGCCCAGUUGAGUGCAGAAAUGUGACAAAUCCUAUCUUGCGCCUCGUCAACGACAAUCGCAUCAGGCUCCGAAUCGUUAACACUGGUGUCUCUGCGGGACUUAGUAUGGGCGUGUCAAAUGGUGUAAUGGAAGUCAUUACUGUAGAUGGCGGAUGCCCUGUUAGUCAUGAGACAGCAAGCGCUGCGGCUAUUGGCGUACUUUAUCCGGGACAACGUGUUGAUGUUAUUUUGGAUCGUACUACUGAAAACCCGAAAUCCGAAAAAUCAGACUUAUUAUCCAAACUUACCGUCGAACUUGACCGAGAGAAUAUGCCGUUGUGGAACUUUGCUCUGAAUCGUACACAGUCCUUUGAGAUGCAGUCUUUUGGCGAAAGAAAGACCCAAGAGGCAUCGAAUGUACACACGAAGAAACGGUUGGUUGAUUUUCUUAACCUGGCAGAUGUUGCAGGACAACCCGUGCCAGCGAACCUGGGGAUCGGCCAAGACCCUACGCAACGUGCGGUCCUAUAUUCCACCAUGAAGAUCCGAGCCGCAAACCAUAAUCACCCUGUGGGCUCUAUUAAUCAUACGUCGUGGACGCCUGACCCUAAAUCAAGACCGCUGUUAUCAUACCCUCGUGAAGAGUGGGCAGAUAUUGUCCCUCAACCUACGAAGGUGCAUAAGUUUGAUGUCCCUUGGUUCAGGACGUCAGGAAAAGAUGAAUGGGUUGACGUCGUGGUAAACAAUUUCGAUGACAAGGGUCAUCCAUUCCACUUGCAUGGAUACGAAUUUUUUGUCGUAGGAAUAGCACAUGCAUCAGGCAUGUAUCGGGGAUACAACCCAUUUGACCCACAAGCCGUCUCUGAAGCAGCACCGCUAAACACACACAACCCUCUGCGACGAGACACAGUCUACAUUCCUCCGAUGGGUUACGCCGUUAUGCGCUUCCCUCUAUAUAAUGAUGGCUUGUGGCUGUUACACUGCCACGUACUAUGGCACCAAGCAAUUGGCAUGGGUACCGUACUUCAGGUUGGUGAGGUUACGGAGUCGGCCAGGCAAAAGUCUGAGAGCACAUGUUACCGGCAGCUCCGUCAAUGA